AUGGACGACAGAUUCGCGGAUCCUCCUACUCCUACUCUGGAACAAGGGACUAUUUUCCAAAAUCCCGCCACCAACAUGACUGGCACGACUGGUCGCCUUGAACGUCCAGCCCCUAUCCCGAGCGGGCCCGGGUGGCCUGUAGAUGAGAACAGCCAAGAUGCCAAGUACCUCACACUCAUAUCAAAGCUUGAAAACCUGGAGGCUGGACAUCGCCUGAUUUUGGACGACAUCGCCACGCUAUCUCAUCGGGUCUCUAAGAUUACCGAGGUGAUCAACAUGUCAUACGAGUCCAGAACAUCUACUAUCGAAAGCCCGAAAGCGAGUUUCUCAAAGAGCCUUAAUACGGCCAAAGUGCCUAGUGUUAAAGUCGAGAAGCUGGAGGCGGAGCCCUCACCUGCUAAGAUCAUCAUCCCCCGAACGACCAAAGUUGCUCACUUCGAGAUCCGGUUCGGAUCUCCAGAUCAGGUUGUCAAAGAGCGUGACCCCAAGUCAUCUGACAAACCAUCGGCCAACGUCGGGUUGACUCUUCCUGAAGAGACUCCUACCAAAUCUGCCCCUGUGCCUCUGUCCGUAGCUAGUGCAUGCACUACGUCUCUAGAAGAAUCUGAAGAGCAGAACGUUGAGAUGCUUCCUCAACCAGACUACCACGUUGAAGAGAGUGCCCCUGAACGAUCGGGCGAAAGCAGUUCAUCCUCCCUAUCGUCCGAGGAAUCCGAGCUACUCAGACAAGGGCAAGAUGAAGACAACGAAGCAUCCAGGCUAGUUGUCCAGCGAUUGGCGAACAAUCAUGCUCUCUUCGGCUACUUUGUUCGCUAUCUGAGAAACCCAAACACCAGCUUCACCCGACAGAUCGCCACCGAGCCCGACGAAACUGCCCAUCUCCUGGCACGUAGCUUCCAAGACGCUGUUAGACAGCCUAAACAAACGGCACCCAUCGCUCGUCCUGAGUUCUUUGAAAUCCGUGCAACUGUCAGUAAGAUGGGAAGCAGCACUCGUGUCGACUUGUAUAUUGAACUCAGUCAGCGGUAUCGCAGGACGUAUGGCAUGGGAAACUAG